AUGGAACAAAUCAACCGCGAGGAAAACAACGCGGCUGAUGAAUUGGCCGGACUUGCUUCUACUCAGACAGUUUUUCCUAACCCCUUGAUGAUAGAAUUUUUACCUCGGCCAAGCAUUGAGGAACCGGAAGUGACCGAGGUACUCUGCACCGACUUGGGUCCUUCCUGGAUGGACCCCAUCAUUGUCUUCCUAAAAGAUAGAGUUCUACCGCAAGAAAAGAAGGCGGCCAACAAGAUCUGGGCCAAGUCAGAGCGGUUUUGGCUCUCCCCGUCCGGAGCCUUGUAUAAGAAGUCUUUUACCGAGCCGUAUCUGAAGUGUGUUCACCCAACCAAGGUGGAAGCUUUUCUGUAUGAGAUCCAUGAAGGCAUCUACGGCAGCCAUACUGGGGGCAGAUCUUUGGCUUACCGAGCAAUUUCCCAAGUGGGGCCACUCCCAGCAGCCCCGGGCAAUCGCAAAUUCUUCAUCGCCGCCACUGACUACUUCACAAAGUGGGUUGAGGCUGAACCACUGGCGACCAUAAAGGAAAAGGAUGUGAAGAAGUUUGUCUGGCAAAAUAUUAUCACUCGCUUCGGUAUACCCAAGGCCCUCAUCUCGGAUAAUGGCACUCAAUUCGAUGGAAAACUCUUUCACAGAUUUUGCGAAGAGCUGAAGAUCGAAUUCUACAAUUCAAUGCCGGCCUAUCCUCAAUCAAAUGGUCAAGCAGAGUCCUCAAACAAGACCAUCCUGGAUGGGCUGAAGAAGGGGCUUGAGAAAGCCAAGGGGAAGUGGGCUGAAGAACUCCUUAAUGUGCUAUGGGCAUACCGCACUACGCCAAGGCGGUCGACCGGGGAGACACCAUUCGCCUUGGCUUACGGCAUGGAAGCCGUUAUCCCGCUGGAAAUCGGUAUGCCAACCAUCCGGUCUAAGAGCUUCCAGCCAGAUUUGAAUGAGGAAGCAGUGGCAUUGGAGCUUGACCUAGCCGAGGAAAGAAGGGAAUGGGCUCUGAUCCACAUAGCGGCAUAUCAGCAAGAACUCUCCAAGAAAUACAACAAGGCCGUGCACCCCAGGCUGUUCAAAAUUGGGGACUGGGUCUUAAGAAAGGUGAUGGGCAAUACGGUGGCCCCUGGCGAAGGACAGCUCGGCGCAAAUUGGGAGGGGCCAUACAAGGCCGAGCUGAUUUUACCUGGCCUAAGCGAAAUAUUGGUGUUUUAUCCAGCCAAAAAGAGCCAAGCUGACUUUGCUCGGCCCAACGAAAUGUUGGUGUCUUGUCCAACUUACAAGAGCAAAGCUGACUUUGCUCGGACAAAUGAAAUGUUGACGUUUUUCUCAGCCACUUGGACAUAUUGGUGUUCUGCCAAUCUCCGAAGGCCAAGAUGA